UGCAAAAGUAUAUUCAUCUUUUUUCUCUGUAUAUUUUUUGCAGAUUCUUCAUCAGUAACUAAAGGAUAUCUAUGGACAACACUGGAUGCAGUGGUGACUCCAUCUUCUGCUUUACCUAAGUCAAUAAAAAUAAUCCGUUUUAGCGUUUGAUAUAUAAGUUCAUUAGUCAGUAGCGUUCUGUCAAAUUCGUUAUAUAAGUUCAUUAGUCAGUAGCGUUCUGUGAAUUUUUUUUGUUUUGUCAUUCAUAGAAGAUUCUAUCAGUUGUUUGAAUCUUGAAUUCACCAACAGAUUUAACAAGUAACUGUAACUAACUCGACGCAUGAUCCACCUGUCAGAAGUCAUACCAUUACAUACGAGAACAUUUGGAUUGUCUCUUUCGUUACUGAUAGUGCCACAAUUACACAACUCUCUCAUAGGUCUAGCCUACAAUCAUUUUCUGUAUUUUAAUCAUUAAUUUCUUUCCACUAUGAUAUUUAUAUAUUUGCGUUUCUUGACUAAAACGAAAGUAAAAAAACUUUGCAAAGUUGAGCAAGUUCCAAAGCCUUUUCUCUUUGCACCUUAUAAAAGAGAGUAUAUUUCUGAUAUUCAUUUCUUCCACCAUACAUCUAGUAUCAAUUGGUCCCUUAGAUCUUUAUAUGUUUAUGGUAGAUUCUUGGAGCCACUUUAUUCCAUUGCAGUAGCUACGCGUAGCCUUUUUAUUUCUUCGAUCGCGGCUAUAUCAAUGCAUAACAGUUUUCUUCUCCCAAUAGUCCGUGCAAAAUGAUUGUUGAAUCAAACAGGAGUCGCUUUAGCUAUGUCGUUCUUCUUAGCCUUUUCUUUUGUCAUUAUACCUCUUCGCAAAAGACCUGUCCAAACUGUGGUUCUAUAGAAGUUCCGUAUCCUUUGAGUAUAGAAUCGAACUGUGGUGAUCCGUACUAUAGGCUUCGUUGUGAUCCUCAUUCUCAAAAGCUUUACUUUGACACUCUCAAUGGAGGUUCCUAUGUUGUACUCAGAAUCAUGUCUUCGAUCCAGCGCAUGGUGGUGCAGGCACCACCGUGGUUACCUGGUUCAUGUGUCACACAAGACAUGCUGGUAAGUAAUGGAAUUUGGUUAAAUCAAUCACUUCCUUUCAACAUAACUUCGUCGAACACAGUGUUCCUCUUCAACUGUUCGCCCCGCCUCUUGGUUUCUCCUCUUAACUGCACUUCGUCUAGUAUCUGUCAUCGUUACUUGGAAAAUUCAGGUCGCGUUGACAGAAAGCGAGCACACGAGUGUGCGAGUGGUCUUCGCCCCUGUUGCACUUUUGUUGCUGGUGGCAUGCCUUCGGCUUACAAGAUUCGCCUUCAUAGUUCCGGUUGCAAAGCGUUCAGAAGCAUCCUUCAUUUGGACCAAGACAAACCUCCUAAUCAGUGGGAGGAAGGUCUAGAGAUUCAAUGGUCUCUUCCAUCUGAACCUGUAUGCAGGACACAAGCCGAUUGUUCUAGAGACUCUAAGUGUUCGCUUUCUGGUAAAGACAAACUCUUCCGCUGUCUUUGUUAUCGAGGAUUCCAUUGGAACCCUUCUGCGGCAACCUGUGAAAAAUACAAGAGAAAAUCCAAUUGGAAAACCAGCUUGAUUGUCUCAAUAGCAGUUAUUUCGUUUUUCUCAUUCGCAAUAGUUCUUGUUGUAAUCGCGAAGUCCUUCAAACACUCUAAGCUGGCCAAUGAAAGAGAAACCGCGAUGAAAUCAAGCAUUGGAGUCGAUAAGCCUUACAAAAUGUUUCAACUGAGAGAGUUGAAGAAAGCAACGAAAUGUUUUUCGCAUGACAGGAUCUUAGGAAGUGGCGGCUUCGGGGAAGUUUACAAAGGCGAACUACAAGACGGAACAUUAGUAGCUGUCAAGAAAGCUAGAGUUGGCAACCUUAAAAGCACACAGCAAGUGCUUAAUGAAGUUUCAAUACUCUCUCAAGUCAAUCACAAGAACCUAGUCAGACUCUUAGGCUGCUGUGUGGAAUCUGAGCAACCUUUGAUGAUCUAUGAGUAUAUCUCGAAUGGAACCCUCUAUGAUCAUAUUCAAGGUCGGUAUCCGAGUUUUCUCGACUGGAAUAAACGGCUGAAGAUUGCUUUUCAAACAGCUGAAGCAUUGGCUUAUUUGCAUUCUUCUGCACACACCCCUAUCUAUCAUAGAGACGUUAAGUCGACAAAUAUACUAUUAGACGAUGAAUUCGACGCCAAAGUUUCAGAUUUCGGACUCUCCAGGUUGGCUAACCCGGGACUUAGUCAUGUCUCCACCUGUGCUCAGGGAACGCUCGGUUACUUGGAUCCUGAAUACUAUCGCAACUACCAGUUAACCGAUAAAAGUGAUGUUUAUAGCUACGGAGUUGUUCUUCUAGAGCUUCUGACUUCAAAGAAAGCGAUAGACUUUACUCGCGAUCAAGACGACGUUAACCUCGUAAUUCAUGUGAGUCAAUAUGCGAGCAAUGGCGCAAUCAUGCAAGUGGUUGAUCAAAGGCUUGUUCUAUCUAUGGAACCCUUGAGUGAUAAAUUGAUCACAAGCAUUAAACUCUUUUGGGAACUUGCACAUGAUUGUCUUAAAGAGAAGAGAGUUGAAAGGCCUUGCAUGAGGGAUAUUGUUGAAAGACUCUUAUGCAUAAUUAGGAUUGAAGAUCAAGAGUGAAGAAGAAUACAUAAUGUGUUUUAUGUUUGAUAAUAUAAUAAGUGUAUUGUGUGUUAAAAAUAGUGAGGCUAAUAGACAUAAAAAUCUAGUUCAAA